AUGUCGAUGGAAACAGUUCCUAAAGAUUUACGAGGAUUAAGAGCUUGUUUAGUAUGCUCUUUGGUUAAGACAUUUGACCAAUUUGAAUUUGAUGGUUGUGAUAAUUGCGAUGAAUUUUUACGUAUGAAAAAUAAUAAAGAUAACGUUCUUGAUUGUACAAGUACCAAUUUUGAUGGUAUGAUUGCUGCAAUGAGUCCUGAAGACAGUUGGGUUUGUAAAUGGCAAAGAAUAAAUCGAUUUUGCAAAGGCGUAUACGCAAUAUCAGUAUCAGGUCGAUUACCUGCAGGUGUUAUAAGAGAGAUGAAAAGCAGAGGAAUAGUGUAUAGACCGCGCGAUACAAGUCAACGAUAAUUUCAAAACUUGUAAGAUCACUACCAUAUUUCAUUGUAAUAUUGUUUCAUAGAAUAAUAUUUUAAUCAUUUAUCUUGUAUUUGCACUAAGAAUUUUAUAAGAUCUCCA